AUGACGAGCGCCGACAUCUUCCAACUCCGUGCCAAAGACAACAGUGUUGCAGGACGUUUGGCUCUCGUCACGGGAGCCAGCGGCGGUAUUGGUUCGCAUUGUGCGCGAGCGCUGGCUGCCGAGGGUUGCGACAUUGCCCUUCAUUAUUCAUCCAGUAAGGCCGCAGCGGAUGCUCUCGCUAGCGAACUGCGUGCUCAAUAUCCUGGUCAGCUGUUCGUCCCUUGCCGGGCCGACCUGUCUUCUCGUGAGGCUACGCGGGAUCUCGUCCCGAAUCUGCUUCAAACAGACGUCGUUUCUGCAAAGCACAAGACCAUCUCAAUAUUGGUAGCCAACGCCGGGUUAGGUCGCCGUAUACGAGAUGUCGCGGAUAUUGAAGAGAGCGACUGGGACGACAUGUUUGAGGUCAACACACGAAGUUCCUUUGUCGUCGUCAAGUCUGCCGUCGCCGGCAUGCGAGCGCAGAAUUGGGGCAGAAUCGUACUUGUCGGCAGUCUUGCAAGCCAGGGCAAGGGGUUGAAUGGGUGCCAUUACGCAGCCUCUAAAGGAGCCCUGAGUUCCAUGGGCCGCAAUCUAGCCAAUCUACUUGCGCCAGAAGGCGUAACGGUUAAUAUAGUCUCUCCGGCAAUGAUUACCUCGACGGGAAUGAUUCCGCUCCCGAAAGCCGAAUCUUGGGAUCGUACAGUUCAAAGCCUCGAUAAUCUCCGCAACAACGACCCUGGCCUUGCCAUUGCUUCCACCAUCCCGGUGGCUCGCCUCGGCACGCCCGAUGAAGUCGCCCAGGUUACGAUCAUUGGAUUUCUCAAUAAAUACCGGCACCUGUCCGUGUCGCCACGAGAACCCCGGCCCAGCUACUUCGCCAACACCUUCUUCGCCACAAUGGUGGGAAACGAGCCAUCAAUCCGCCUAUGUUUGGAGCACGAAAGUGAUCCAUGGGCCCAUGAGGCCGGCGUCUACAUCCCAUCAACGGGUGCCUUAUUCGUCACCAGCAAUCGCCUUGUUGGAACUGAUGGGCAGCAAAAAGUCACCAUUAGUAAAAUCAACAUUGAAAAGAAGCCAUUUGUGCGAGAAGAAAUCGACUGCGGCAUUGCCAUGGCAAACGGAGGGGUAAACUACCAAGACGGCGUCCUCUUCUGUAGUCAAGGUACCAAGGACACCCCAAGCGGCCUAUGGCACAUGGAAGCCGAAGCACCGUACCGAAAAACAUUGGUUCUGGACAGCUUCAAUGGGCGGCCAUUUAAUUCUCCCAAUGAUGUCGUUGUCCACAGUGACGGAUCCAUAUGGUUCACAGAUCCCAUCUAUGGGUACGAGCAGGGCUUUCGACCACGUCCACAACUGCCAAACCAAGUCUACAGAUAUGACCCGCGAUCCAAGGCCGUACGGGUCAUGGCUGAUGGGUUUGGACGGCCAAAUGGCAUAUCAUUCUCUCCCGACCAGGCGACCGUAUACAUCACGGACACGGACUUCAUUCACGGUGACGGCACUACAGAUGCGUCGAGGCCGGCGACGAUAUACGCUUUCGAUGUAGUUUCCAGAGGCGAGCAGCCGUUCCUCACUAACCGCCGCCUUUUUGCCAUGGCAGACAAUGGGGUUCCUGACGGGAUCAAAUGCGAUCAGUUUGGUAACGUCUACAGCGGCUGUGGUGACGGCAUCCACGUGUGGUCGCCAGGUGGUGUACUUCUUGGCAAGAUUCUCAUUCCAGGAGGCGUUGCCAACUUCUGCUUUGCGCGGUGUGGCAGGAUUUUGGCCCUUAAUGAGACGCGGAUGUGGGAGAUAUCUCUUGCGCCGCACAGUCUGGGCUCACUUUUGAAGCUGUAG